GCUGCAGCGCCCUCUGUGCCCUUAAGGGUGGUGAAGGGCUACGUGCGGACGAAGAAGCGGCAGGCGGCGGCGGGGGCUUCCAGUGGCUUCCAGCGCUGUCCCAUUACAGGGCAGUUGAUCCCAGCGGAGCAGAUGAGCCAGCACCUCCGCAUUCUCCUGCUGGACCCCAAGUGGAAGGAACAAAAGGAUCGCUUCCUGGAGAAGGCCCAGGCAGAGUCCGCCUUCGCCCCGCUGGAAGAUGUGGAGGGGUAUUUGGCGCAGUUUGUUGCGAAGAGGCCCGAUCUAUUCGGUUCUGUAGACGACCAUGCGAGGCUUGAGGCCGAGGCAGAAGUUGACCCCCUGCGCGCGGAGGCGACGGUCGCGGGGGCGCGUGAGGGAGGAGUCGGGGGGGCGGCCCACGAUGCCAAGAGGCAGCGAGUGGACGGGACCCCUUCUGUAGCAUCAACAUCUGGAGCGGGAGCCCCUUCCUUGCUGCUGCUGACAGUUGUCUGUCAGGAGGGAGAGGGCCUCGAGGCUCAGGAGGCGCAGGUGGAAGUGGACAGGUCGCUGACAGGCGCGCAGCUGAAGCAGUCGCUUCUGGAUGCGGGUAUCGGUGCGGAAACCCUGAAGGCGCGUGAUCUGCAGCUGUCUACCAGCCCCAGUGGCCCCGCAAUGCUGGACCAUCUCACCUUGGCGGAGGCGGGUAUCCGGUCCUCCGAAGGCGUCAUGUACCUUUCAGUCGUCUCCCGCUGA